AACACUCUCUCAAGUCAUAACGAAACACAAAAGAGUGAAAGAGAAAAAUAAAUAAAUGAAGUGUCCGUACUGUUCAUCGGCGCAAGGACGGUGCGCCACCACGACCUCCGGCAUAUCGAUAACCGAAUGCACCUCAUGCGGCCGCGUAGUCGAAGAACGCCAAACGCAAAACCACCACCUCUUCCAUCUCCGCGCGCAAGACACUCCUCUCCCCCUCGUCACUCCCGAUCUCCAACCCCCCGCGGCGCAACCGUCUCCACCCGACGAGGAAGAUCCGUUCGAGCCCACCGGAUUCAUCACGGCCUUCUCCACCUGGUCACUCGAGCCGAGCCCCAUCUUCGCUCGCUCCUCCCUCUCCUUCUCCGGCCACCUCGCGGAACUCGAACGAACCCUGGAGCUCGCCUCCUCCGGAUCGAAUUCGUCGUCGACGGUGGUGGUGGAUAACCUUAGGGCUUAUAUGCAGAUCAUCGACGUGGCGUCGAUUUUGGGAUUGGAUUGCGAUAUCUCUGAGCAUGCUUUCCAGUUGUUUAGGGAUUGCUGCUCGGCUACUUGCUUGAGGAACAGAAGCGUUGAGGCGUUGGCUACUGCUUGUCUUGUUCAAGCUAUUAGAGAAGCUCAGGAGCCUCGAACUCUUCAGGAAAUCUCCAUUGCCGCCAAUGUACAGCAGAAGGAAAUUGGAAAGUACAUCAAGAUUUUAGGAGAAGCUCUACAACUAAGUCAACCCAUCAACAGCAACUCUAUAUCAGUUCAUAUGCCAAGAUUCUGCACCCUCCUUCAGCUUAACAAGUCUGCUCAGGAACUGGCAACUCAUAUCGGAGAAGUGGUGAUCAACAAGUGCUUCUGCACCCGGAGAAACCCCAUCAGCAUAUCUGCAGCUGCUAUCUAUCUAGCAUGUCAGCUUGAAGACAAACGAAAGACACAAGCAGAGAUUUGCAAAAUAACCGGAUUAACGGAAGUAACCCUGCGAAAAGUCUAUAAGGAGCUUCUUGAGAACUGGGACGACCUUCUCCCAUCUAACUACACACCAGCCGUCCCACCAGAGAAAGCAUUCCCCACAACCACAAUCUCUACGGCCCGGUCAACAACUCCUAGAGCCGUGGAUCCACCUGAACCGAGUUUAGCGGAUAGAGACAAGCCAUCGGUUAAACCCAUUGAAACUUCUGAUCAUGCCCACCAACAACAAGAACAACCCAAAGGCAAAGAAGAGAAGCAUCCUAAAUUCAGACAGCCUUGGCUGUUUGGAACUGCCAGUGUGAUGAACCCAGGGGAGAUGAUAAGCGAGCCGGUGAAAUCACCUAAUGCUCCGGACUUUGAUAAGCAGCAGCUCAGUGAUAAGGACACACUGCCUACAUAUCUCAGACAACAUAACCAGUUCACUUCGAGUUCAUCUCCAUCUUCAGGUAUCAGCACAAUCAACUGGUCGUUCAGACCUUCUGGUGGCAACGGGUCCUCAAGCAACUUGCCUGUUGUUCAUCCGCCGAAGCUGCCUCCCGGUUAUGCUGAGAUCAGAGGUAGUGGAUCUCAAUCAGGAAACAAGAAUGCUAAUCAUCCUCAUGGAGAUUAGUCAUCAGUGUGAUGGUGACACUCUUCACUUGAAUUUGAAGUCAUUACGUAAACCAAUGCACGUACUCUUGUCUUUGCUCGUAUGCUUCUUGGCUCUAUGGUCUUGGACUCUUGUAAAAAAACAUUCAGUGACUUUUGUGUUUGAUGGAUUGGGUCGAUUUAGUGGUGGGCUUUGUAAUAGCCCAAUCACCUUCGUAGCCUCUUAUAUGUUUUUGACUUUUUAUUAGGCAAAUAUGGAAAAUUAAAAUAAAAUAAAAAUACAAAAAUAUGGAAGAGUCGUGAAGGAAAUUGCAAGGAAUAUUCCGUUUUUCAAAUAAAGAAAACGUGUAGCAAGGAAUUGGUAAAACGCCAACAACCCAUAUUUGCUGUCCACUUUCCUUUAAAAUUAUUUUUUCUUUCGUGUAAAACAUCCACCGUUGAUCUUAAAUGUAACUAUAUGAUCUUGUCCGUUGAUUAGCUCCAACUCUGUGUAUAAAGAUAACGCAUUGAUCUCUCUGGUUACCAUACCCGCUUUUUCCUUAUUAUUAUUCUUUUCAACUUAUUUUUUUUUGUGUUCAUCGUUAUCUCUAGAUCUUUCUGCUAUGUCAACGUAUCGGAGUCUUUCCGAUUCAGAUCGUCGGAGUUUCAGCUCUCGAUCUACCGAUCGAUCACGUAUCGGCACGGAUCUAGCUGCUCUGAUUUGAUUCAUGGCGUACGGCGGAUCUUAGCGGCUGAGAUCUCCGAGGAUCGGUUGAAUAGCUGAUCUGAUGUUGGAUCGUGAUUCAUGAUCUCGGCUUUGAGGCUCGUCGUCAGAUCUGUGAUUUGCGUUGCGGAUUGAUGAGAUGAUGAUGAUUGACUCCGUCAACUCUCUCGAUUCUGGAGAGGAGCGAUUGAAGAAGAGUCGAAGAGCUAAAGGAGGGAGGAAUAUAUGUGAAAUGAGUAUGAAGGAUGUAUGAGAUGUUUGUUAAGGACGAAAAAGCCCCGAUGAGUUGGCUUGAGUUCUGAUUAAGCAUCUUUGUCAUCCGACCUUUGCCAUGACAGGUGCGCUUGCAUGGCAGGUCACCAAAAAAAAUCUCUAAUAAAAAAAAUAGUUUCGUGUUGUUGUGAGGGGAGUUCGCACGGGGAUAUUUUUUAAGCCCGGGUUCUCCCCUCACCUUGUGUCUCUUGCAUCUCGCUCUCACACUCACUCUGAUUCGUUUUGAUCUUAAAUUCCACCAAAAUAUCUCGAUACAGACAUAUUUUGAAUGGAUCCAGAUCGCAGAUCUGGAGUCAAACGCGGCCUAAUCCAACAUACUCCAUGGAGACCAAAAGGUACUUUUAAAUUUUAGUUUCACUUCUCCCUUCAGCCAUUUAACCGUACAACAUAACUUAUCUAACCUCAAAACGGCUUUGAUAUUUGCUCAUGGAUUUCAUUUCAAAAUUGAAUUAUGAAGACUAUUAUCUCGGUAUGUUAAUUUGAAUUGGUUAUCACUUUUAUUAUCCUCUAUAAUAUAACAGCACUGAAUUCAUAAGGUGUAUAUACCUCGAUUAAAAUUUGUUUGUAACAACUAUUUUGUAACAACGAUCAUCAGAUGCAUCACUUUUUUUCCUAUACUGUAAGCAUAUUGUACUGUAUCUUGUAUAUUUUCUAGUGUUGCAAAUGGCCUUGAAGACCUUGAAAGGUUUCCAGCUAUGCAUAAAUCUGCCCUCAAGGGAAUCUUGUUGAAACCAAGAGGUAUGUAGAACAAGUUGUGUUUUGUACAAACUUGAGUUCACAACUCUUGUUUCUAAUUCUUAAUGGAGUAUUUCAUUCUUUAUUUGAGAUAAAUGUUGAACUGUAGUAACAAUGUUUUGCACUAUAUAUACUAUGAAGUGAUUUGUUCUUUUAAAUUA